GGCGCGCCACCGCCCAUGCCUUCUCCUGGCGCCGCCGACCGCCUCCUCCCGGCGCUCCACUGCCCCACCUUGCCUUCUCCCGGCGCGUCCCAGCCCUGCCUUCCCCCUACGCACUGCCCCCGCCUCCUCCUGGCGCCGCCGCCCCUGCCUCCUCCUGGCCCGCCGCUGAUCUCGCCUCUUUCCGGCGAGAGUCCGACCCGCGGCUGUUCGUUGCCCUGCCUUUUCCAUGCCGGCCGCCUCCUUCUUCCCCCUCCACUACGCGCCACCGCCGCCGCCCAGGCGCGGCCUCGAUCCGGCGCCGCCGCCCACCACUACCAAGACCCCGGCCCGCCGCCGCCCACCAACAUGAUGCCCCUCUGCGCGCAAAUCCGACCUUCCCUCUGCUCCGGCGCGACCUUCCAUCCCCUCCAGUGCGGCCUGCCCUCUCCUCCGGCGUGCCCUCCUCUCGCACCACCUCCUCCUGCGAGCUCCUCCAUCCCCAGCUUGUCCCUGAAUGCGGACGCUGCACCGCGCAGGUUGAAUUUCACCCUGGAUCCCCGAGGUAUGGCUGCUCCGGCUCCUCCCCCGCUUGCUGCCAGGUCUGUCUCUCCUUCCUCCCCUGCUCGCCGUCCUGUGCGGUGGUGGACGUGGCUACUUGAUGGAGUGAAGCCGGCCUCCGAGCACCGGCAGUUGCACUGCAACCUGCAAAAAGAAGAACAGCCGCAAGUUCAGAAUCAGAAAAAUGAAAAGUUCAAGAAGAACAAAGGCACUGCCUUCACUCACGUGCUUGCAAACUGCUAGGUUGUAGCUCGUAUGUUGUUUGAAACUAUCUUCAAUUUCUUCAGUAGCUCGUACACAUUUUGCCAAAAUCUAGUACUUUUCAGAAUGGUAAAGUUGAUAGUUGGCCUAGAGGGACAACCAUGUUGAUGGCGAUUGAAAAAGGAUUCUGAAAUAAUAUUAUUGAGACUGAAGUCCAAGUUUGAUAAUGCACGAUGUCAGAGGAUUCCAGGGCUUUUUCUGAGGUGGUUGAUGGCUUCCGAGAAAUGCGUUCAUAUCUCACAAGUUUCAGGGGUUCAAGUUCAUCUAUAUAAGGAAUGCCUAUUUUGUUGCACAUCUGU